AUGAUCGCGCCCACGACUUCAUUGUUGGCCGCGUUCCUGUCCUUGGGCGGCCUCGAGCUCGUCGCUGCCCGGGAGGCAGGACAGAUCCGGGACUUGGGAGCGCGUGAGGUUAGCUCCGCCGUUCCUGGUUCCUCCCAGCCCGUUACGCCUGUCGAGUUGACAACCAGGUCCGAAACGAGUACGCAUGAUUCAGCGCCGACUUCGGACAAUGAACAAACAAGCCCGAUCGUUGACCCUUCACCUGCUGUUAUCGUUGUUCCUGUAACCAUUUCCGUGGACGCCAAUGGUGUUACGCAUACCAUUGUGGGCACGGCACCCAACGUUCCCGGUGCUUCAACGACAACUAGCUCCACCCUUGAGCGUGCAGAGAGUACCCCGGCGGCAGCUGCUGCUACUUCGACGGCGAGCGCGACUACAUCGGACAAGGAUUCAACUACCAGUGACUCGGAAAAGCAGAAAUCUACAUCCGAAUCCGAGAAACACACUUCCGCGUCUGAAUCGUCAGCGAAACCAGAGGCAGCUUCUUCGUCAGCAGCAGCAACGACGGCAGAGACAGCUUCUUCGUCGGCCGCAGCGGCAGCAGCAGCAGCUACUACAUCUAGCCAGAGUUCGUUGGCUGACUCCUGGGAGAGCUUCAUUUCAAGUAUCUUGGGGUCCUCUACCAGCACCAGCGCAACCUCCACGGCCAGCCCUACCGCAUCGCCAGCCGAGUCCAGCUCUGCAACCCCCGCUCCCGCUUCAAGCUCUGCUGGCGUCAUUGUAGAUGUCACCUCGAGCAAGAGUUCUACAAGCGAUAGCUCGACGACUUCGGAGAGCUCUACGGCUAAGGAUUCCACCACUCAGAGCUCUUCCAGCCCAGCAUCCUCGACCCCUGCUUCCACUACGGAGUCUUCGGCCGAGGCUUCGCAAUCGGAAUCUGCCACUUCUAGCUCGAAGGCAGAGACUUCGAGUCAACUUAUCACUAGCCAGAGCGCAUCUGCCCAGAGUUCUUCCGCUCAGGUCCCUCUGGCUGAGUCUACUUCGAAGUCCGAGUCUUCAACCCAGAGCUCCUCGAGUCAGGUUACAUCUGUUCAGGCCACCUCAUCAGGCGCAGCCUCUCAGACUACUGGGUCAGCAUCCUCGAGCCUCAUCCCGUCUGCAUCUGAAGAUGUGACCUCUUCUUCUUCCACCCCCUCAUCAUCAGGAGGUGUCCUCGGCUUCCUCUCGGACCUCUUCCCUACUACCACCACUUCCAGCGGAUCUGCCUCUGCUACUAGCAAGAGUGCAAGCGAGUCUGCCGACUCCAGUGCUUUCCCUCUGAGCCUCCCUACCAUCUCCGUUAGUGUUCCUGUGGUUACGCCUGCCUCAUCUUCUGGAUCGGUCAAUAUUGUUUCUGCCCUACUUGGCACAUCCUCAGGCGCUUCCUUGGAACCUUCGGCCAUUAGUCUGGGUAUCUCGGCCACUUCCACGGCUCUUAUCCCCGGAGCUUCCAGCGGAACCCAGAGCUCCUCAGCGGGAGCCUCGACUCCGAUCAUCAGCGGUGGCAUUGUCAUCAUGCCCACUUCGACUGAAUCUGCUUCUGCUUCCGUCUCAGGAUCUGCCUCGACGGGUCUUUUUGGAACCACUUCAGAAUCAGCAUCUUCAUUGGCUUCGGGAUCCGCCUCUGGAUCUGCGGGCGUUAUUCCUACAUCGGUGUCUGGGUCUGUAUCUGGAUCUGCAGGACUGUUCCCUACGUCGGCGUCUGGAUCCGUUUCGGGAUCUGCAGGUGUUAUUCCUACAUCGGCUCCUGGCUCUGCAUCUGGAUCUGUGUCGGGAUCUGCUUCUGGAUCCGUUUCAGGCUCUGCCAUUGGCACCAGCUCUGCAUCCAAGUUUACCUCCAUUUCUGGCCCUGCCUCUUCGAUUCCUUUGAUCACUUCCACCAAGGAGUCCUCGGGUCUGGUAUCUGCGACGCCUUCCUAUGCCCCGUCCACUACCAGCAAGGAAACGCCCACGCCUAUCGCACAACCCACCACGACGACCACCUCGGCCGCUGAGACGACUGUCGCCCCCAAACCGACCACGACCACCUCCGAUUCUGACAACUACCUGCCGUCAAGCAUUCUCGUGGUUGAGCCCACAACUACUACGUCACUGAGCACGGGCACAGCUACCCAUUCGAGUACCAGCACUGCUGCUGCUCAGCUUCCUGGAUCGAUCUCUCCUUCUGGUGGUCUUCCCGAGCAGCCGGCCAACGAUACCUUGGUCCAAAUCGGAUUCAAUGGCAAACUGCGCUGGAGCUUUGUGGCCACAACGCCCUUGUCUUCCUCCCAGAUCUUCAUGUAUGUUCCCGAGGGUAUGGGCUACGCGUUGCAGCUCAAUGACUCUGACGUGGUCAUGUACGACCUCCAACCCUACGACAACUCGGCAAGCACUGGCUACAUUGCUACUGUUGCGCUGAUGUACAUCCCUUCGGAUGACGUUGACACCCUGAGAAAGAUGCUCCACAACCCUAUUUCGAGGCUCUACGAGCAGCCCAACGAGACGGUCAAGACAUUGAUGGCCAUGAUCGACCCUUCCAUCCCUCUUCUGGUGGGCGACUCGGGUUCUUCCAGUGGCAGCUCGUCCAACAGCGGUGGAUCGGGUAGCAGCAGCAGCAACGGCGAUGGCAGUGACGGUGGCUACGACCAAAGCGAUGCUGGUACCAGCUCAUCUGGAACCACCAAGGCUAGUGCCGUUGGUAUAGGAUGUGGUGCUGUGGCCGGUGCUGCAGCAUAUGGUGCUGGUAUGUUCUGGGUUGCGCGUCGGUACCGGAAGAAGCGCCAGUUGCACCAGCGCUCCCCCUCGAGCGUCGACCAGAUGAGCGAAGGCCGCGGCGCUGGGUCCGUCUUCGGCGCAGGUGGCCGUCUCUCCCGCAACAGCCAGAACAGCCGGGGCACUGGCCGCACCCAGAUGAUCAGCGCGCCGGUGAUGGCCGAGAACUCGCUCGGCUGGAACUAA